AUUUUUGGAUUCAAUCUUGCUGGAGAAAAUCGAAGAUUCUGAAGCUCAGUUCUUCUUGUUGUAACUUGCAGCAAUCUUCUGGAGCUAGAGGUGAAGACUUAAAGAACCCAAAAGUUGUCUUCCUCGGCUGAAGACUUGUCAAUGGACGGUAUCAAAUGUUCCAUUUUCUUUGAGCAUACUUGCACCCAGCCUUGUGAAACUCGAGCUGAGAUGCUUCAUUGUCUUCCCUGGCAGAUUGUCGUAUUUGUAUUGUGGAAGUGAAUGAGCUCCAAG